UCAAACUUCCGAGGCCAAGCGUCGCGGUCUUCCGCUGCACAUAGUCACACGCACUCGUAUCGCUUCUUCAUCUACUCGACUCUCCGUAGUUACUAUUGUCUCUCUCUGUUCUAAUCUAAUCCAUCUCGCUCCCCGAAAUCUCCAUCAUAAUUUGUCUUCAUAUUCCUUAGGAACCCGUUCUAGAAGCAUUAGCGAAUCUUGUGCAUUUUUCAAUCGCAAGGUUUCUUCUCCAGCAGGUAGAAAUGGCGGAGAUUCAGCCUCCAGAGGGGCAGAUGAAUAAUGGUGCAGGAACGCUGAUGGUUAACUCUUGCGAACCCGUCCCUCCAUCCAAGCGUCAAAGGAGGCCGAGUGUCAGAUUAGGCGACAUCGGAGACCAGCAGUACGAUUCGCAUGUACGUCGGAGCAAUAAGCCAUGGAAGCUCGGUCUCGAUCACAGGAAGGACUCUAAUGCCUCAGGUAAAGCCUCCAAGACUCGACCUUUGACAAAUUUAAGUUCUGGAAGCGGUUUUGUGGAUUUUAGCGAAACCCUAGAGGGUGACGAGAAAGAAAGUAAUUUGGAUUGCGUGGCGAUUGGUAGCUGGAAAGUGAAAGAAUCGAAAAAGAGAGGUACCACGGCCACCAAGCGGGUCAGAUCAAAUUGGGUUUCCAGAAUCGACGAAGGAGGAGGAGGAGUCAUCGGAGGGGAAGGGGAGGAAAAAUAUAGCGCCGGCGAAGACAUUGAUGAUGGAUAUAGGGAUUUUGAUAAAGAAAAUUCGGAUAGCCCCUUGAAAGACCAAAGCCCAAUUCAUUCGUUGGAGAAUCUGGGUGUUGAAGGUCAUGGAAAUGACAGAGAGGUGCAUUAUCACGGUAAUAGGAGAUCAAUUAGGGCGAGGAUUUCAGAGGGUAGGGAACAUCAUGAUGGCAUUGAGCUAUCUGGCCCAUCUGAUACUGAUGUGAGGGACUGGAAAUGUGGGGAUAGGAAUGGGAAUGCUGGAAGAGGGAGUUGUGGAGAAGAUGGGGUUAGGAUUUGGCUUAAUGGACUGGGACUUGGUCGUUAUGCUCCUGUAUUCGAAAUACACGAGGUCGAUGAUGAGGUUUUGCCCAUGUUGACACUGGAGGAUCUUAAAGAUAUGGGAAUAAACGCUGUUGGAUCAAGAAGAAAAAUGUACUGUGCUAUUCAGAAGCUCGGGAAGGGGUUUUCAUAAGCUUCUUUACCUUUCUUGCCUAAUGUAGCACUGGAGGAUUCUCAGCCAUAGCAAAUUAAGAUGGACAUCUGAACCCAGCUCUAGUAUGUUCUUCCAUAACCUGUUUGGCUUAGAAUGGCUAAUCUUAGUCCCUCACAUGUUCUUACUUCCAAACAUCUUUUUCAAUCCAGUGCAAGUACAUACAUGGAUGUUAAUUUUGUUGAAGUAGUUUUGUUUUUGUUUUUGUUCCAAUGAACUAAUUCUAAUUAUAUCAUUCAUAAGUACAAAAGGCUACCAUUAUGGGAGAGAAUAUUUUUCUGAACGAGAAAGGAAAUGAAAUGCUGUAUGACUUCGUCUCUGUAGUCUGCAUCCAUUGGGGACACGGAUAAAUCUUCAUAUCAUUUUCUGUGGGUGCCUCUGGAGCUCUUGGCCUGUUUGUAUUUAUAGAUGCCUAUAAUUUUUUGGAAGAGUUCCCAAGCCACGAGAUGCAAUAAAAGUAAAAAGCCAAAUUCGUUUCGCUUCACAUGUCAUAUGAAGUGUUAUUCUUCGGGUGGUGAGGUGAUGACGACAAAGGUCAACAAUGUAAACUGUCAAAUGAUUGCAUCAUUGGAAACCAAGCACCUGCUAGCUAGUAGACGGGGAGCUGUGUGUCUUGGUGGGAGGAAUUCGAUUGCAUAGCGGCAAUGAAGCAACCUAAGCGGUAACUUCCGGAUUCUAUAAACAUCCAUUAAUGAGCCUCGAAAAUGAAUGAUCUAACAUUUAAUUUACUGCCUCGGAGAUCUUUUUUUCUUUUUUGUUUUUUGAUUUUUAAAUCCGACUCUUUGCAUGUGUUCAUCAUCUUGCAACAUGUAUGGAGGCUGGUACUGUAUGCGCGAUGCUUUGGGCUGGUUCAAGUUGCUAAUUCGAUAUAUAAGAGUGAUUUGAUUCCAACAAAGGGUAGAUAUUUUUAGAGCAAAGAUUGUACAGAUAAACGAAGUGCUAAUUUAUCGAGGUUCCCUCCCGUUGGCAAAUAUAAACUACGAAAUUUUCUCAUGUCUUGGAAUAAAAACCAACAAAUUAUGUCUC